GGCUUCUCGCUCGUCGCCGUCUUGCCGCUAGCCUGUCUCACCUCGCGGCCGGCAGCCUUGCGCGACGCGCCGCGCUCUUCUCACAUUCAAAAUUAUUCGCAACCAUUGCAAAACUCUCUGUGCAAUAAAAAUAUUAUAUCUUUCGAUGCGGUUGCAAUUAGUUGUUAAACAGAGAUUAUUAAAUUUUUACAAAGAAAUUGCGAAAAUUAAGUGCCUUUGAAACUUUGAAUGCACUCCUCGUUGCAUGUCCCGCGCGCGUCGUUAUGAGAACCCCGUAUUAUUGGCGGUCACGUUGACGUCGCGCGGUGCCGCCAUAUCUGUCUCGGCCACCAACUAGCAAAAUUAAUAGGCUCAAAAUAGUUUCACGUCACUAGCAGAAUGCAAUAAGCCGGCCAUUCGCUUUUUGAAAUUCGCCUUCACCCGGAUGGAAUGAGGAGUGCAGGAACCCAUUGUUUCACAGUUUCAUAUGUUUGAACAUCAUUUGUUUUUUAGUUUUUCGGACGAUUAGAGAGUUAUCAUUUUGUUCCAAAAUUACAAAAAUUACAAAAUAAAGAAUGGCGGAGGGCAACGGAGAAAUACCCAUUGAAGAGGUACCUGGGAAGGACUCCGACGUUGGCCGAACACCAGAUUACCGCAAACUAAUUGAAUAUGGCUUGGAUCCUAAGGUGGCUGCCAAGCUGGACGACAUUUAUAAGACUGGAAAGCUAGCGCACGCCGAGUUGGACGAGCGUGCGCUAGACGCCUUAAAAGAAUUUCCAUCCGACGGUGCUUUAAGUGUACUUGGACAAUUUUUAGAUUCAAAUCUCGAGCAUGUUUCAAAUAAAAGUGCUUAUUUAUGUGGAGUUAUGAAGACUUAUAGGCAAAAAAGCAGGGCGGGCGUGCAGGGCGCUCCCGCCCUGGCUCCCUCUGUCCAGGUGAAGGGCCCCGACGAGGACAAGAUCAAACAAAUAUUGGUCCGCACUGGUUACACGUUAGAUGUUACCACUGGACAACGCAAGUACGGCGGGCCGCCGCCCGGGUGGGAGGGCGGUACGCCGGGCGCCGGCUGCGAGGUGUUCUGCGGCAAGAUCCCCAAGGACAUGUACGAGGACGAGCUGAUCCCGCUGUUCGAGCGGUGCGGCACCAUCUGGGACCUGCGCCUCAUGAUGGACCCCAUGACGGGCACCAACCGUGGGUACGCGUUCGUCACCUUCACCACCAGGGACGCCACGCAGCGCGCCGUCCACGAGCUGAAUGAUUAUGAAAUUCGAAAGGGGAAAAAGAUUGGCGUAACAGUUUCCUUUAACAAUCACCGGUUAUUCGUGGGGAAUAUCCCUAAGAAUCGAGAUCGGGACGAUUUGUUUGAGGAGUUUUCUAAGCACGCACCUGGACUGGUUGAAGUGAUUAUAUAUAGUUCGCCCGAUGACAAGAAAAAGAAUCGAGGAUUUUGUUUUUUGGAAUACGAGUCUCACAAAGCGGCGUCGUUAGCCAAGCGCAGGCUGGGCACUGGAAGAAUAAAGGUAUGGGGCUGUGAUAUAAUUGUGGAUUGGGCGGACCCCCAAGAAGAACCCGACGAGCAAACUAUGAGCAAAGUGAAGGUGUUAUACGUACGGAAUCUGACGCAAGACAUAACCGAGGAGGCGCUGAAAGAGGAGUUCGAGCGCUACGGUAACGUGGAGCGAGUCAAGAAAAUCAAGGACUACGCAUUCGUGCACUUCGACGACCGGGACUGCGCUGUCAAGGCGAUGCAGGAGCUGGACGGCAAGGAGGUGGGCGGCGCGCAGCUCGAGGUGUCGCUGGCCAAGCCGCCCUCCGACAAGAAGAAGAAGGAGGAGAUCCUGCGCGCGCGCGAGCGCCGCAUGAUGCAGAUGAUACACGGCCGCGGCGGAUUCGACUGGUGCGGGUGUUCGCCGGCGCACACGCUGCGCGGGCGCACUCCGCAGCCGCCGCCGCGCCCGCCGCAGCCGCGACACGACUACGAUUAUGAUUACGACUAUUACGGGUACGGUGAUUACCGAGGUGGCUACAAUGAGCCAUUUUACCGGUACGAUGAGUUCUAUUUUGAUUACGCGGGACCACCGCAACCGUCCGCCGUCCGCCAGCCUCCCAACAGACCGCAACCGGACGACGAGCUCGGUCUCGGGCCCAACUCGCUUUACUACGAUCUAACCGGAGGCAUUCAGGCUGGGUCAUGUGGGAGGGGCGCGCGAUGGGCGCGGCGCGCGGCGGCGGCGGCGGGCGCGGCUGGAGCCCGUGGUGGUGCGCGGCGCGCCGCGCGUGGCCGCCGCACGCACAGCGCCAUGCGUGGCAACCCGCGCGCCAAGCCAAGUUUACCAGGUAAACGCAAAUACGACGGGGGUCACCAGAACCAAGGGGGAGAGUCGAAGCGGCGGCUGGGUGCGGCGGCAGCGGCGGCGUGCGGGUGGGGCGCGCCCCCGUCGCCGUCGUCGCCGGCCGGCAGCUAGUGCGCCGCUCCCCCGGAGCCGGCGCGCGCGGCGGAGCCCCGCUCCGGAGAACUACAAGCUGCGCGGGGAGCGCCUCUGCCGCGGCCCGCGCCAUCGGCUCCCCGGUCACGUUUGCGCCCGGCCCCGCCCUGUACCGCGGGGGUCGCUCUUUUUUCUAUAUAUGUGUUUUUUAUUUGAUUUUCAAGUUUUCGAUUUUGUAUCACAUCGAUUCCGUAAAAAAUUUAAAGUAGGACGUUAUGAAAUGUUUGGAUAGUAAGUUUCCCGUUAUGCUUAUGUUUUCUCUGUCGUGAGCCGGAGUGGUCGCCCGCGGUUGCCUGUUUGCGGGCGCCCGCUCUGAUAGCUGGGGCCGUCCCCUCGACUGUCUGUUUAUUUUUUUUAAUACAUGUUAUUCGAUAUAUUUUAUUCCUGAGAACGCAUUUUGCGAUGUGAUGUGUAUUUUAGCAGUAAUUAUUAUAUUGUAAGGAGUUUGACUGUUGUUUUUUGACAUACUUACAAUUUAGGAUACUUGAGAAUGAAUUGAUGGAAUGAACUCUCGACGACUAUAGAGAUUACAGCUAAAAUAGAACCACCAAUCUUGUACUCGACAUUUCCCGACUGUGUUCCUGCUUUAGUUUUUUUGCUUUAUUUUUAUUACAUAUGUCCCUUUAAAAAUAAAUACAUUAGUGUGAGGAAGUAGUAUUGUAAAAGUUCAGGAUUUCUGUAAUGUUUAUUAUUGCUGUACUAAACAAUUUUUUUUUGUAUUCGAUCACAUAGCAUGUCCGUACUAUUAGAACUCUGACUUGUAUCAAUCUUGUAUCAGUUUAAUGUGGAAUAAAUUUGAAAAACUGUGUUUGCCUUAUUAA